AAAUUUACGAGUAAUUUAAUGUAAAACAUAAAUUUAAUAAUAACUUUAUAGAUACUUAUAUAAAUUGUGUUUUAAUAGUAGUAUUAUGUAUAAAUGUACGAAUUGAAUUCGUGUACUAAUAAAAGCUUUAUUGAACAAAAAUAAUGAUACUAAUUUUUAAUGUAAUACUAAUAAUUACUGCUUUACUAAUCAUUGUUUUGUUUGUGAGAUAUUUCUUUUGGCGAAGACGACUAAAAAACGUUAAUAAAAAACAUGUUGUUGUAACUGGUGGAUCUAGUGGAAUAGGAAAAUGUAUUGCAAUUCUUGCUGCCAAAUAUGGGGCACAUGUGACAAUAAUUGCAAGAGACAUUCAAAAAUUAGAGAUUGCAAGAAAUGAAAUCAUUCAUGCAUGCAAAAAUAAGGAUAUUCAAAAAGUUGAAUAUUUAUCUUUAGAUGUUGGUGAAGAUUAUGAUGCAAUUGAUAAAGCUCUAAAUGACAUAGAAAGAACUAUGGGACCUAUAUAUAUGUUAGUGAAUUGUGCUGGAACUGCAAUUUGUGGCAAAAUUGAAGACACUUCACCAGCAGACUUACAAAAAAUGAUUAAUAUUAAUUUCUUAGGAUCUUAUUAUUGUACAAAAGCUGUUGUUCAAAGAAUGAAAGCUGCACAAGAAGGAAUUAUUGUAUUUACUUCUUCUCAAGCUGCAUUAUUAGGUAUAUUUGGUUACUCAGCUUAUUGUAGUACAAAAUUUGCGCUUCGUGGCUUGGCAGAAAGUAUAUCUAUGGAACUUGCUCCUUAUAAUAUUUCUGUGACUCUAAGUUUACCUCCAGAUACUAACACUCCAGGUUUUGCGAUAGAAGAAUUAUCUAAACCUCUUGAAACAAAACUCAUAUCGAAUACUAGUUCCCUUGUCAGUCCAGAAUUAGUAGCAGAUAAACUUUUUAAAGAUGCAUUGGCUGGAAAAUUUUUCUCUACUGUUGGUAUGGAAGGUUUUAUAUUAACUGUUUUAUGUUCUGGAAUGUCACCAUUUAAUUCGAUUCGAGAAUUAUUUAUCCAAUCAAUGCUGAUGGGUAUUUUUCGUCUUAUAAGUGCCUGCUAUCUUGUACAUUUUCAAAAAAUUAUUUUAAAUUGUAUGAAAACUCGCGAUAGAAACAAAAAAUCUGAAUAAAUUUUUUUUUUUUAUUUUUUACAAUCGCAUGUACAAGAAUUUAUAUAUAAAAGAAAUAUUAUAAUAUACAGCAUUUGUAACUUUUU